GAGAGAGAGAGAGAGAGAGAGAGAGAGAGAGAGAGAGAGAGAGAGAGAUGAGUUUGAAGAAUCUUAAAAAUGGUUUAUGUUUUGAUUCCCCAAGCUUCAUUGAAUGGCUUAGAGCUCCAUCUACUUCUUCUCCUUCAGUGCUAUUUCGUAUGAAGACAAAAGAUGUUAUAUCAAGAUCAAACCACCAGAGACAGAUAAACAUGUUGGAACGAUCUCAAUUCUUAUGCCAACCACAAGAACCACUCAACACAAACACUACGUCUAUUCAAUGCUUGCCUCUUCUAAACAAGCUCAUGGAGAAUAAAAGUCAAGCCUUGGAAGAUAUCAAAGAAGAGAAGGACGAUGAUGUGGUUACUCUCCAAAUCGGAUUGCCUAACUAUCACCUUGGUAACUCGGCGGAGGAUGACUCUGAUACAACUUCCGAUCAUCAGAAGAAACAUAUCAAGAGAGAGAUCAUAGAAGAUGGCGUGGUGAUGAAGAAGAGGAGGAAGAUGAAGUUUGAUGAAGAGAUGAAUGAUCCUGAUAUGGUAGUCUGUGGGAAGCGGUUUUGGAUACCAAGCCCGGCUCAGAUUCAUGUCGGUCCAAUGCAAUUUUCUUGCUCUAUUUGCAGCAAAACCUUCAAUAGAUACAAUAACAUGCAGAUGCAUAUGUGGGGACAUGGAUCAGAGUUCAGAAAAGGAGCUGACUCGUUGAAGGGCACAACCCAACCAGCGGCGAUCCUGCGGCUGCCAUGCUAUUGCUGCGCGGAGGGAUGCAAGAACAACAUCAACCAUCCGCGGUCAAAGCCCUUGAAGGACUUCCGUACACUUCAGACACAUUACAAACGUAAGCAUGGCUCGAAACCCUUCUCUUGCGGCAAGUGUGGCAAAGCCUUGGCCGUGAAAGGCGAUUGGAGAACCCAUGAGAAGAACUGUGGAAAGCUUUGGUAUUGUACAUGUGGAUCAGAUUUCAAGCACAAGAGGUCUCUCAAAGACCAUAUCAGGUCAUUUGGCAAUGGCCAUUCUCCUCACCCGACUCUUUCGUUUGAAGGGUUUGAUCAGGAGGAUACUGAAUGUGUCACCACCGAGUGAUCAGAGCCACACGCUGGGGGGAUUGUGGGAAUCAUCCAUAUAUCUCUCGGUAAGAUCCGAAUUUUAUUAUGUUGCUUCAAAACGAUAUAGAUAUGCACCCACAAAACAUCUCAAGUCUACCAAAGAAUUUCUAUCUUGAAAAGGGGGAAAUUCUUUGUUAGACUCGAUAUACCAAUAUUUACCAAAUAAAAUGAAGCAACAUUUUAAAAUUUAGAUCUUUUUCUUGGGAUAUGGUUACGAUAAUUAAGUCUACAUGAAACCCGGCCGGUGUCUUUCUAAUCUUUUUUAUUUUAAUUUUUUUUUUGAGAUAAGGGUUUGAGUAUGCAUGUGAUAUUAUUAGGGGUCUUUGGUUUGAUAGGGGUUUUUUGGGCGACGUAAUCUAUGGGAGGUUUCAUUAUGCUCACUAACAAAAACUUCUCUUUCGCUUAGAGGGAUGUAUUUGUCGGGGAGCUUUUUGUGUGGCUCGUCUAAACCCCUAGUUAUCUUAGUGAUUAGUAGUAAUAAGUUUGGUUUCAUCUUAAAUAAGGGUGACUAUCUCUUAGAAUUUUGUGAAGCACGUAAAUUUUCUGUUUCUCUCAUGUAUUUGUAUUAGAAGAGAAAAUUGGUGUGCUUCACUUUAUUAUUGUUAAUCCACAAUAGAGACUCUUCCUAUCAUAUUGUAUCUCUUUUCAUUACGUAUCAUGUGCUUUCGUCCUUAUUGUUGUUACGAUGAAUUGCGAUUCACACUUACACCAUUAGUGUUUUUAAU